AUGUCAAGGAAUAAGAGCUACAGAGGUAAUGUAGCCCUUAAGAUAGACAUAGCAAAAGCUUUUGAUACUUUAAAUUGGGAUUUUCUCAUAGAAACAUUAUCUUGCUUUGGUUUCAAUAGUAAGUUUUGUCAUUGGAUUAAGGUGAUUCUUAACUCUGCUUCUCUGUCCAUUGGGCUAAAUGGUAAGGCUAUAGGUUAUUUUAAGUGUACAAAUGGGGUGAGACAAGGUGAUCCUCUCUCACCCCUCCUCUUCUGCAUUGCUGAAGAUGUGCUCAGCAGAGGGUUUACUGAGCUUGUGAAAAAUAACCAAAUGAAUCUUAUUCAAGCAACUAGACAUUGUCAUGUUCCUUCCCAUACUUUGUUUGCAGAUGACAUUAUGGUCUUCUGUAGAGGUGAUGUUAAAUCACUCAAGGCUAUUUCUGAGCUUCUUGGGGAGUAUGCUCUUAAUUCUGGUCAAUUUUUUAACAAGGACAAAUCCCUCAUUUAUGCAGGUGGCCUAUCUCAAGAUAGACAUACCACUCUUGUAGACAUUGUUGGUUUCAAGAAAGCAUCCCCUCCUUUUGUUUAUCUGGGGGUGCCAAUAUUCAUAGGGAAAUCUAAAGUAAUUCAUUUCCUCUCUAUUGCAGGUAAAAUUAAAUUGAAGCUAGCAACCUGGAAGACUAAGCUCUUAUCUAUGGCUGGCAGGGUGCUUUUGGUAAAGACAGUCAUUCAGAGUAUGAUGGUUCACAGUAUCACAAUUUAUGAUUGGCCAAUGAGCAUCAUCAAAAGCAUAGAAACCUGGACUAGAAAUUUUCUUUGGAGUGGCAAUAUGGAGACAAGAAAACUGGUAACUGUAUCCUGGAAGAAAUGUUGCAAGAAAACAACUAAGGGUGGGCUGGAAAUUAUAUCUUUGAAGCAAUACAACAAGGCCACAAAUCUCUACUCCUGCUGGCAGUUCCUGAACAAUAACAGUGAUUGGUAUAAGGUGUUGGCUGCCAGAGUGUUAAGACAAGGUAGAAUGAUAAAUUAUUCCAUAAAGUCAUCUUUGUGGAAAGGUUUCAAGGAUCAUUUCAACAUGAUUAAAGACAACACUGUUUGGAUUUUAGGGAAUGGAAAAAAAGUUAAUUUUUGGCUGGAUGAUUGGACAGGUGAACCUCUUGCUCUUAAAUUCAAGAUCCCUGAAAAAUUCCAUGCUAACUUGGUUUCCAAAGUUACUAAUUACUGGAAGAACAAUCAAUGGUCCCUCCCUGCUAAUUUGCUACUAGCUAGGCCAAACAUUAUGGCUUCUAUCUCUAGCUACUCAGUUCCUGAUGUGGGCAAGGAAGACUUGUUGGCUUGGAAAGAAAUUGAAAAUGGAUAUUUAACUAUCAAACAUGCCUACAACAUUUUGAUGCCUCCUUUAGCUGAUAAAAUGUUCAACUUCUCUUGGGAUUCGGAUGCUGCUCCAGCCCACUCCAUGUUUUGCUGGAGACUUCUUCACAACAAAAUCUCUACUGAUGAUAAUUUAAGGCUCAGAGGUUUCUCUUUUCCCUCAAAAUGUUCUCUCUGUUGUGCCCACUCUGAGUCUACCUUGCAUCUGUUCUUUGAAUGCCAGUAUGCCCGAAACAUAUGGACAUGGCUCAGUGAUUUUAUUUCUAGCCCAACUCCCAUCAAUUCAAUCACAGAUUGCUAUUUUAUCAUGGAGACAAACUGGAGUCCUCAGGCUAGGGCAGUGGUUAAGUCUCUUAUGCUUCAUGCUUUGUAUCUGAUAUGGCAAGCCAUAAAUUUGUUAAGAUUUAAGCACAAGCAAACUCAUUGGAAAUUCUGUGUUAGCAGCAUUAUGGCUAGGGCAAGAUUGGUGGGUAACUUAACCAAGAAGAAAGCAAAUGACUCUAUGCUUAGUUUCACUUUUCUCAAAAGUCUUGGCAUCAACAUUAACCCCCGAGAGUCGUUAUCUUUGAUUGAUGUUCUUUGGUGUCCUCCGUUAUUUAGGUGGAUUAAUUGCAACGUAGAUGACAUGGCUAAGGGACUAAUGCAGAUAGAAAGUUUGGAUAGAAAGAGGUAUGUCUAUAUGGUUAUAGAUGAUUUUUCUGGGUUUACAUGUAUGAAUUUUCUUAGAGAAAAAUCAGAUGCUUUUGAAGUCUUCAAAGAUCUGUGUCAAAGCAUUCAAGAGGAGCAGAGUAGUGUGAUUGUUAAGAUUACAAGCUACCAUGACAAGGAGUUUGAGAAUACAAAAUUCUCUGAAUUUUGUGAUUCUGAAGAGAAGAUGGAUGUCAAAGACAGUGUUGGAACAUCUUAUGUGUGGACAGAUGAAGCAUUAAGAGAGGAAAUUUUUGAAUUCACAGGCAUUAAAUCAAUGAGUUUACAAUCUAAUAAGGGUCUCUCUACUGAAGAACAGAUAGAACAAUCCAAGGAUUUGUUUACAAGAUACCCUAAUGAAGAGGACAUCAUUGAAUUCAAUAAGGAAGCAUUAAAAGCUGAUGGAUGUUUUGCCUUGAGGAACAGUCUAUUUUUCUAG